UUGUUGUCGUUAUCAUCGUAGCAGCAUCCGGAAUUGAGAGCUGCCUAGCUUGACCAAACUGCUGUUACGGUGAAAUGAUCCACUUCACACCUGAAAGGACAGGGCGGCGGUAGAGAAUGGGCCUGCUACCAAACAAUGGCCGCGGUUUUUGUCGAUUCGUGUCGUGUUAUUGGUCUGUCCGUGGGCAUCAGCUCGACUAGUUAGCACAGCGGGCUAACUGGCCGAUUAAACACUGACAAGUGCUCUCGAGAGGUGACGGGGGAUAAAAACCUGUGGUAAGAAGAGAAAAUCAUUAACUUUAUACGUAACGUGAUUUUCUCUUCUCAUAACAGGCGGAUAACUGGAGCUAGUAUGAUCGGGAACUUCUUAAUGACGGUUGUUGUCUUUGUUGGCUUCUGGUUUUAAAUGUCUGAAGGUGGUAGAUGUAGACAAUGACCUGAUGACACAACAGACAAGAUAACACACGACGCUGCUCUGCUUUGGUUUUAUAGUUUGACUCUUGUUACCGGAAGUCUACAAGAAGAGAAUAUGGAUAUCUUAAUUAUCAUGUUUACAUAGCUGAUGAGUGAUUGCACCUAACCGGUCUGCUCUGGUUAUAUGGGUGAUUCGUGUUUUGAACGUGAACGUGUCACAUGUCCUGUGUCGUGGAUAAGGUCCGGGUGACAGCGUGGAAAAGCAAACAGGUGUGACAGAACAUCCUGGGCCAGUUAACUUCAUUUGCACUUACUUACAUUUACACAUGAUCUGCUUACUUGAACACAACAUUCCUUUAGAGAAUAUUCAAUUGUGAUUUAGAUUUUUAUGUCAGCUGAGAAACAGCUAAAGCGUAAGUGGCAAAGUUUGUGCUUUUUCGUCUUGGAUUGUUUUGUAAACUCUGUAGAUGGAUUAUAGCUUAAAUGGGUUGCCUUAGGGGAGUUCUUUUGGUGUAACAUUAGUACUGUAUGGUUACGGUGGUAAGUGGUUAAUGAAUAAGACUGAACCAUUUAGAGGAAAAGGGAUUUUUCCUAUCUUUCCGAUCUUGUGAUUUUCUUUACAAUACAAACGUCAGUUCAAUAUUCAGUGCAUUAUACAUUGAAACAGGUGGUGAGGCAUUAAUGCAAGGCAUCUAAAAAUAGACUCUUCUCACUAAUGCAAAGAAGUGAAACUCGUUUCCAACAUGUUAGUUUUGUUUAAGCUGAUGUAGCGCACAGAACAUUUUAAUUGCAGCCAGUGCAAUAAUGAGUGGGUAUUAGCGCAGUGACUGACUGAGAGCCAAGUAGUUGUAUGCUGUGACCCUGUCUACCUACCACAAUGCCACCGGUACUGUUCUUACUGGUGCUGUCCGGAGCGAUGUUCACUCUUGGACAGUCCAUGACUCGGGAGGAGAAGCAACAGUUGAAGAACCAAGUUGUUGAGAUGUUUGACCACGCGUAUCAAAACUAUAUGGACCAUGCGUACCCGGCAGAUGAGCUGAUGCCUCUGACGUGCAGAGGAAGAGUACGUGGGCUUGAACCCAGUCGAGGUGACGUAGACGACGCUUUGGGAAAGUUCUCACUGACCCUAAUUGAUACUCUGGAUACUCUGGUGCUUUUAAAUAAGACGACAGAGUUUGAGGCUGCAGUGAGGAGAGUCCUGUCGGACGUGAGGCUGGAUAAUGACAUUGUUGUGUCAGUCUUUGAAACCAACAUUCGAGUCCUUGGAGGUUUGUUAGGAGGCCACUCCAUGGCUGUGAUGCUGAAGGAAGGAGGUCAGAGCAUGCAGUGGUACCAGGAUGAGCUCCUGCAUAUGGCCAAAGACAUGGGUCUUCGACUGCUGCCGGCCUUCAACACCAGCAGUGGCCUGCCGUAUCCUCGGGUGAAUUUGAAAUACGGUGUGAGGGGUCCUGAGACUAGAACGGGCACAGAGACGGAGACUUGCACUGCGUGUGCAGGAACCAUGAUCCUUGAGUUUGCUGCCUUAAGUCGCUUUACUGGGGACCCAGUGUUUGAGGCCCAUGCCCGGAGAGCCAUGGACUUCCUGUGGGAGAAGAGACAGCGGAACAGCAACCUGGUUGGGACCACCAUCAACAUACAUAAUGGAGAGUGGGUCCGACGAGACAGUGGAGUCGGAGCGGGAAUUGACUCGUACUAUGAAUACCUGCUAAAGGCCUAUGUCCUCUUGGGAGACGACCUCUUUCUGCAGCGGUUCAAUAUCCACUAUGCAUCUAUAAUGAAGUACAUCAGCCAGCCUCCUCUGCUUCUGGAUGUCCACAUUCACAAACCUCUGCUUCCUGCUCGGACCUGGAUGGACUCUCUGCUGGCCUUCUUCCCUGGACUGCAGGUGCUGAAAGGAGAUAUCCGUCCUGCGAUCGAGACCCAUGAGAUGUUGUAUCAAGUUACCAAGAAGCACAACUUCCUCCCAGAGGCUUUCACUACUGAUUUCAGGGUCCACUGGGCCCAACAUCCCCUGAGACCUGAGUUUGCAGAGAGCACCUACUUCCUAUACAAGGCCACAGGAGACUCUUAUUACCUGGAGGCAGGGCGCACCAUCCUGGACAACCUCAAUCGCUUUGCUCGUGUUCCCUGCGGCUUUGCUGCAAUGAAGGAUGUGCGCACAGGCAGCCACGAGGAUCGGAUGGACUCGUUCUUCCUCGCUGAGAUGUUCAAAUACCUGUUCCUGCUGUUUGCUGAACCCGAGGACCUACCUUUCGAUGUGGAGGACUACGUUUUCACAACUGAGGCACACUUGCUUCCUCUGUCCCUCUCGGCCGCAGCCUCUCACUCUUCAUCUGUCUCAUCAAACGGAACGUCAGAGGAGGAGCUGGACGACUCGAACUUUGAUUGGACCUGCCCUAACACCCGCCUUCUGUUUCCUGACCCCGCCUUCCCUCGUAACCUGAGAGACCCGAUCCGAAGUGCUGUAGACAAGAGCUGCCCACGUCCUCCUACUAACCGGGAGCCUGGUAUCGGUCGUCCUCCUUUGAGGGCUCAGGACUUUAUGGCUAACAACCCCGAACAUCUGGAGCUGCUGAGGAGGAUGGGAGUCAGUCUCAUCCACCUGAAGGAUGGCAGGGUGCAACUGGUGCAACAUGCUACACAGGCGGUGAGUGCUGUCGCAGCAGAAGAUGGCGUACGUUUCAUGCAGGAGAUGAUGGAGCUGUCCAGCCAGCAGCAGAAAGAGCAGCUGCCUCCCAGAGCCAUUCAGAUUGUCUCACAUCCGUUCUUUGGCAGAGUCGUGCUGACCGCCGGCCCAGCUCAGUUUGGCACAGACUUGUCCAAAAGUUCCACAGGGGUACGAGGUUUCGUGACUGUGGCUGAACCUUACAGCGGCUGCUCUGAGAUCACCAAUGCCGAGUAUGUCCAGGGCCACAUCGCUCUUCUCCAGAGGGGUCAGUGCAUGUUUGCAGAAAAGGCUCGACACGUACAGAAGGCUGGCGCCAUCGGAGGCAUAGUCAUCGAUGACAACGAUGGCAGCAGUAGUGACACCGCUCCCCUGUUUCAGAUGGCCGGGGACGGCCGGAACACAGAAGACAUCACUAUGCCGCUCCUCUUCGUCUUCCACAAGGAGGGAAACAUCCUGCUGGAGGCACUGAAAGUGUACAGGGAGGUGGAGGUGCUGCUGAGUGAUAAGGCCAGAGACCGAGCAGCCAUAUUUAAAGGUAAACCUCUUCCUGGCAGCCUGAUCGAGGGCAGUGUGGAUGUGCAAGAAGCAGAGGAGGACUGCGUAACGGAGGCAACGACUCCCUCCUCAUUUGAAUCCACCACCCAAACGAGUGCGGUGGAGCUGGAUGAGUCUGUCUCGCCGGAGGUUACACCGUCACCGGAAACCAGUCCCGCAGAGGACACCAGUCCACCUGAAGAGGAAGCUGGUCCCGCAGAGGCGGAGCCUGAUCUGGCUCAGCCCGAGGAGGAAAGAGACUCUGACAGGACAGAGGACUCGGAGGGCGACACAGACUCCAGCAGCCAGUCGGUGGAUGAGCUGCUGGCUGACUGGCGGGAAGACUUGGAGGCUUUCCAGCAGAUGGAGAAGGACGAGCUCUGACAGUAGUCGUUGCCUGUGACUGCGGUUUGAGCCCACAGUGUGAAGAAAUCCCACCAGGGGAGUGCUUCUUCUCACCAACCUCAAUCUGAAGAACUUUAAAGGAAAGUGGGGAGGUGGUACUUCGUGCCAAGGCAGACCACAUACUGUAUCUGUGUCUCUGGACCAUGACAAACGUCUCUCAAGCCUGGUAGAUAAUAGUUGAGAGAUCAGGGCUCUUACCUCACUUUCUCACAUUUUUGCUUGGUCUCUAUGCAUUUCUGGCUCUUUUAUUUUCCUCUCAACUGAGCACUGGUCCAACAGCCACGUUGUGAUUAAUGAAUUUAAUCCCUUGACCAAUUUAUUUAAAGGUGAUGAUGAAUUGUGAUGAUAUAAUUACGUGCUGUCCCUCAUGGUCUCGAGUCUUAUCGUAUGUACACAAUGAUGUGACCUGAAGACUCAUGCAGGGACGAAAAAUAAGCUGCAGGAUUUUUUUAAUGGCUUUAUGUUAGAAGAACUUAACACCAACUCUCUCUCUCUGUCUGUCUUUGAGAUACAUGAAGUCAAAUGUAAAUAUGUAAUUGUCAAGAUAUAUAUGGACUGAAAGACUAUUAGUGCUGUUCACUCAGGUUCUGGUUCUCCUCAGCCAACAACCUCUGGACCACAUCGGGUGGAGCGGUCACACCCUCAGCAGCAUCCACAGACUGCCACAAGGGGGCACUGUAUGAUCUGUCAUGAUGUAACACGCUGGCAGAACGGAAGGAGCAACAAUGUCAAAAGCCAAUAAAAUGAACUUGAUGAAAUUAAAUUUAAAAUAUGAGAGGAAAA